CCCCCCAGCAUCAAGCCCGCUAUGGUGAACUUCGUGCUCGAUUUUGCAGAACGCCUGCUCGCACUCAGUGCCGAGGAUGACGCGGCUCCGAGUCCACUUGUCGCAUCUUACCUUUCGUUGUUGUUGUUAAGCCACCUGACGACGUUCGUCGAGCGUACCAAGGGAUAUCAGGACAUUUCUACGCCUCUCACUCAAAGACAGAUCGGACUUCUCGCUCUACCUUGCACAUCACAUCGUAGUCGUAGACGGCGUUCAGGUGGAAUCAUUACUCGGGUUGCUGACUCCGCUGUUACGAAUGGCCACACGAGCGGUGCCGGAAGGCCGGAGCGCACAAAGGUCUACAUUUCGCGUCGGCGUCUCAUGUUCUAACACGCGAGAGACGGAGCGAAAAGGGAAGGAUGCCGACAUCGCCAAGUGGGUGGCAGAGCUUGCGCCGACCUCUAGCG